AUGUGUGAUUGCAGUGAUCUUUGCGGCGUUACGCAUGUUAACUGUUCAGAACGUUACUAUGAGAACUAUUACGGUGAACGUGCUGAGUACGACACAGCUGCAGAUAACGAAUAUGAGCAAGACAGUGGCGAGGAUUUUGCUAGAAACGUUGAAAGUGACGUGAAUCAGUACGAAGUGGAGAAUCAAAUUCAAGCUGAGUAA